AUGAUAUUAAUCAUUACUUUAGUUUAUAUAGCAAAUCAAAAGGUGAUUUAUUAGUUUGAUGCCAGAAAUAAAUAAAAAGAUGGUAAAUUUAGAUGAAUUAUUUCUAUUAGAUUGGUAAGGCUUGUCAGAUUUCUUUGAAUGUGAAUAGUUUAAAUAUUUUGGGCAAACUAGUGAUGAUCAUGGAAUUAGCAGAUUAUUUUUGGAUCUAGAAUCUCAUUAACAAUAUAGAAUCGAUGCAUUAGUUCUAAAGUAAGUUUAAAAAAUAACAAAAGUAUUGACGGUUUAAAUGUUCCGUAAGUUUUUAUAGAUAAUAUUUUGGAAAACCCAGAUUUAGAGAGUUCAGUAUCAUCAAUGAAAUACUGUGAAGACCCGGCUCCUGAAUUAUUUCAUAAUAUUACUAUAAUUCGGUAGCAUAGCAGAAGAAGUUUGUGGAUGAGAAUAAAAUUACAUUAUGGGGGAUUAUUAUCAUUAAAUUUAAGUAUCAUCUAAUGCUAAUAUGGAUGUAUUGGAUGUAUAUAGGUUGAUCCAAUACAUUGUUUAAAAUGGGAACUACACUAAUUUUCAUUUAACUAGAAAUUGAUAAGAAAUUAUGAUGGAUGGAACGAAAAAUUAGAUAACGAAAACGAUAUAUAUUGUGGAUUUUUAUAAUAUGUAAAAUUUGAUACUAUAAAUUAUUUUACUUAACUUCCUCCUCAUUAAGAUUUAUUAAUCAAGUUUUUUAAAAAAGAUGAUGGAAUUAUAAUAAUAGAUUAUAUAUAUGGUUAAUAGAUGACUACAAAUUAAUAAGACCAUUAAGUUGAAAUAUUAAUAAAAAAUCAUCCAGAUCCUAUAUUCUAAUUGAUUUUAAGAAAUUAAGAUCCUUCAAAAUAAAGUUCAAUAAGAGAUUUUGAACUAUUUUAUACUUAGCCAGAAAUAAUGUUUCCUAAUUUUUAUGAGGGUUGUUAAGAUUUCAUAGUUGAUUAAUGUUUGAAGUGUCAAAAAGGCUGGAUUGAAGAUGAAUAAUUUUUGAGUUGUCAUCCUAUAUGUGGUGAUAAAAUCAUUCAAGGAUAAGAAGAAUGUGAUGACGGAAAUCAAAUAUCCAAAGAUGGUUGUUUUAAAUGUUAAUUUUCUUGUACUGAUUUUUGCACAAAAUGUAUAUUUGGAAUCUGUUAUUAAUGUGAGGAUGGAUUUUUAAUUAAUAUUAAUCGUACUUGUGAUCCUGUAUGUGGAGAUGGAAUUUUAAUUCCAUAUUCAGUUGAAUAGUGUGAGAUUUUUGAGGAUAACAAUUAGAGUGGUUGUAUAAAUUGUAAAUAUUCAACAAUUAAUAAUUGUAAAAAUGUAUAUAUUUCAUAAUGCCUUGAAUGUUAAUCAGGAUAUUAUAGUUAAGGAUAUGGAUGUAAUCCUUAUUGUGGAGAUGGGAUUGUUCUUAAAUAAUUUGAGGAUUGUGAUGAUGGGAAUUAAGUACCCUUUGAUGGUUGCUAUGAAUGUAAGUAUUAAUGUAUAGAGGGUUGUAAUAUUUGUGAUUAAGGAUAAUGUAUAUUGAAAUGUGAUUUGGAAUAUGAAUUUGUUAAUAAUAAUUGUCUUUCUAUUUGUGGAGAUAAAAUAGUUACAAAAGAAGAAGAAUGUGAUGAUGGUAAUACAAUUUAAUUUGAUGGAUGUUUUAAUUGUAAGUACUCUUGUCCCCUUAAUUGUUUUGAAUGUUAUCAAGGUAUUUGUUUAAUAUGCAAUUAUGAAUAUUAAUUACUUAAUACAAAUUAAUGCAAAAAAUAUUUGAAUUGUGGAGAUGGAUUACUUCAAUUAGAAGAGGAGUGUGAUGACGGAAAUGAUUAAAUAGCUGAUGGAUGUAUGGAUUGUAUGAUUGAAUAGAAUUGGGUAUGUUCGACAAUAUUAACAAAUUCUCCUACCUAAUGUUCUUUUGUGAAGUAUCCAGACUUAAUAAUUGAUUAUCUCAAUAUGACACAAAAUAAAUAAUAUAUUAGUAUUAGGUUUAGCCAAUAAAUAAAAAUAUUCACCUUAUAACCUUUAUCUGAAACUAUUACAUUUGAUUUAUUAAAUGUAGAAAAGAAAAAAUGGAACAGCAAAUUAUCAAUAAUAUAAGAUGUUGGAUCAUUUGUGAGUGUUGGAGAAUACGUUUUGGAAAUAGAUGUGCUUUAAUUACUUGAAUAUAGACCAGUCAUGAAAAUUUUAAUUAAUCAGACUGUGGCUAAUAAUGAUAAUGCUGUUUUAAUCAAUCAUUUGAAAUAAAUAAUUCUAUAAUAUCCAAAAUUUCUAGAUGAUAAGCAAAAGGAUUACUCAUAAAUGUUUACAAAUUUAAAUAAGUAUUUAAUUUUUGCUCUAUCUGGUAUAACAGGCUUAUAUUUAUUAUUUGGAAUUGGUGAAUUAUUUUUUGAAGUUCUGA